CGACCUUUUCCCCUAUAACCCAAUCCAUCCAUUUCCUCAUCCUAUCAAAAAUAUCCUCAAGAGAAAAGUCCAAUCAUCUCUUACUCUGUACGAUAAAUCUGGAACCAACAUUACCUAGGUAAAGGGACGAAAUGUACCGAGGCUUACGAUUUUCCAGGGUUCAGAUUCUGAGCCAUAGCCAUAUCCGUGGCACAAGGCUAUGCUCCUUCCCCAUGAUUAUGAAUCGAUCCCAAUCGACAGCUUCCGGAGCGGCUACAAAACCAGAGAGUGCAGACGUGAGAUCUUUUGAUGAGAGUCCCAAUCAGCACUUAGAUACGAAGAUUCCUAGAUCCUAUAAAUCAUUUGUUGAUCCUACAGCUACGAAGAAUAACCUUAUGCCGUCUUUGGAUGAGAGAUUUUCAGAGAAAGAUAUUGUCAAUAUGAAUAAAUUCGAGCAUCCUAUAUAUCCCGAUACCUCACAUUCAAUAGAGAUGAGAAGAAAGAAUAAGACAUUGGGUCUUGUUCCUCCUAGUGUGGAAAGUCAUAAGCUUCAGACAACAAGAUGUCUUCAACAAUUAAAUGCCAAGAAGACUCCUAUUGAAAAAUAUAUGUAUCUCAGUAAUUUGAGAAAUAAUAAUGUUCAUUUAUUUUAUCGAUUGGUGCAGGAGAAUUUGACGGAUAUCACGCCUUUGAUAUAUACGCCAACGGUUGGAGAAGCAUGUUUGAGAUGGUCAGAGAUUUAUCAACAACCCGAAGGUUUAUAUCUCUCCUACCAUGAUCGAGGAAAUCUUGAAGAAGUCCUCAGCAAUUGGCGUCAUUCAGAAGUUGAGAUGACGGUCGUUACUGACGGUUCUCGUAUUCUUGGUUUGGGUGAUUUGGGUGUUAAUGGUAUGGGUAUUCCAGUGGGUAAACUGGCAUUAUACACUGGAUGUGCCGGUAUUCAUCCUUCGAAGACCUUGCCAAUUACCUUGGAUCUUGGUACCAACAAUGAAAGGUUUCUCAAAGAUCCAUUAUAUAUGGGAAAUCGAAUGAAGAGGGUCUCUACCAAAGAGGAAGCUGAGUUUAUGGAGGAGUUGAUGGUGGCUUUGAACAAGAUGUGGCCUGGGAUCAUCGUUCAAUAUGAGGAUUUCAAAAAUCCUUUCCCAUCUCUCGCAAAAUACCAGAACAGAUAUCCUUGUUUCAAUGAUGAUAUUCAGGGUACUGGUGCGGUCAUCUUGGCAGGUAUCAUUAAUGCUUUACGUCGAACAGGUAUUCCUGUCAAAGACCAGAGAGCUGUUUUCAUGGGUGCAGGUAGUGCUGGCGUAGGUGUUGCGCAACAAAUUGUGGAAUUCUUCCGAAAAGAGGGAUUGACGGAAGAUGAGGCACGUCGUUGCUUUUGGUUUGUUGAUACUAAGGGUCUGAUCACAACCGACAGAGGUGAUAAGUUGGCUGACCAUAAAGUCUACUUUGCCCGUGAUGACAACGAGGGAAAGCAAUACAAAACUCUUCCAGAAGUGGUUGAUUAUGUUAAGCCUACCAUUUUGAUGGGAUUAUCCACUAUCCGAGGGAUUUUCGAUGAGUCAAUUGUCAGAAAAAUGGCCCGGUUGAAUAAGAAUCCGAUCAUCUUUCCACUAUCUAAUCCUUCUAGUCAAGCUGAAUGUACAUUCGAGGAAGCUAUGAAAUGGACCGAUUGCAGAGCCUUGUUUGCUAGUGGAAGUCCAUUCCCAGAUUAUGUUCAAGAUGGCAAAACAUAUUCUGCUGGACAAGGAAACAAUAUGUAUGUAUUCCCUGGUAUCGGACUCGGAUCAAUUCUUUGCAAAGCCUCGUGCAUCAAUCAAGAAAUGAUCUACGCCUCAGCCGAAGCCCUCAGCACCUCCCUUACCCCUUCCGAAAUUUCCGCCGGUCGUCUCUAUCCUGAACUCAACCGCAUUCGCGAAGUAAGCGUCAUUGUCGCUCGUCAAGUAAUCCGCGCAGCUCAGCAAUUCAACUUCGAUCGUGAACCUGCUAUUCGUGGUAUGAAUGAUGAGCAACUCGAUGAGUGGAUUAUAGGAAGAAUGUAUGAUCCAACAUUAGCUAUCCAAACCUCAGGCUUGAGAUCGACUGUAGGACAGAAGAAGUCGACGCCUAAAUCAUUGCUUUAGUUUGCUCCAUGAUAGGGGGGCAUGUUAGAGAGAUAAAUGAGGGCUCUGUCGUAACUAAUUUUGUGACGACGAUUACAGGUCAGGGGGCUUGGUCUUGGUGCAGAUGGGUUCCUAGGUGGGGGAUGCUGGAACAGGGAGUUUUUAGGGAUGCGGAGAGGAGUGAUGGAAGAGCUGUGGAAAGGGUUGAUAGGAGAGAGGGGGGGGUGUCGAUGCGAAGGCGGGUAUAGAUUGAUUGAUUGAUUGAUUGAUUGAUUGAUUG